AUGUCUCCUGCACGUGGAGCCCAGAAGAGACCUUUCAGGUCACACAGUGCCAAAUCCAAGCCAAGUCGAACCAACGGUAUCCUGGGGCCUGCAACCCUGAUCCUUGGACCCCCAGAUUCUCAGCGUCUGACCGCUGUGGAUAUCCUCAACGUAAACGUGAUGUGCUGGGAAAGAGACUACUGGCGCAAGCUGAAGACCUGCAGCUUCAGUCCCUUUGACAACCUUUGCCUGCAGGCCCCUCAUUCACUCCAAGUCCUGCACAUUGAAACCCAGAGAUGCAACAUAAGCUGGGAGGUCUCCCAGGUUUCUCACUAUGUUUAUAACUAUUUGGAAUUUGAGGCCCGCAAACGUUCCCUGGACCAAAGCUGGAAGGAUGCACCCUUGUUAAGCCUCAAGCAGCGACAACAGUGGAUCUGCUUGGAGACACUUACCCCUGGCACCUCGUAUGAGCUCCAGGUGCGGGUCAGGGCCAAUCGAGGUGCCCAGGGGUCCUGGAGCCCCUGGAGCCAGCCCCUGGCUUUCCGGACAAGGCCAGCAGAUCCCUGGAUUCCACCCCUAAUGUGGCCCAGACAAGUUCUCCUGGGCCUUGGUUGUCUUUUUGGCUUCAUGGUCUGUGUCUACGUUUUGUUCAAGUGCCAGUACUUGGGCCCAUGGCUGAAGACUGUUCUCAAGUGCCACGUCCCAGACCCCUCUGAGUUCUUCUCCCAGCUGAGCUCCCAGCACGGAGGAGACCUUCAGAAAUGGCUCUCCUCGCCCUUCCCCUCAUCCUCCUUCAGCCCCAGUGGCCCUGCACCUGAGAUCUCUCCACUGGAGGUGCUGGACAGAGACAGCAAAGCCAUGCAGCUGUUCCUGCUACAGCAGGACACAGCCUCCUCACCCUCGCCCAGCGGCCACUCGCAGGCCAGCUGCUUCACCAACCAAGGCUACUUUUUCUUCCAUCUGCCCAAUGCCUUAGAGAUUGAAUCCUGCCAGGUGUACUUCACCUAUGACCCCUGCGUGGAAGAGGACAUGGAGGACGAUGGGCCAGGGCUGCCCCAGGGAUCUCCCCUCCCAUCUCCGCUUCCCCUGGCUGGGGACGAGGACGACUACUGUGACUUCCCACCCAGGGAUGACCUGUUGCUCUUCUCCCCCAGCCGGAGCUCCCCCAACACUGCCUUUGGGGGAGCAGCAGCUCUUGAAGAAAAGCCUCCCUUCUCUGUGCAGGAGGGAUGUACCCUGCUACCAUCCCCUGACCUGAUGGGUUUGCAGUGCUCUCUGGAGCUGGUGGCGCAGGGAGGUGAAGGGGAGGGGCUGCCUGCUCAUAGCUCAGGGGAGCAAGCCAGUGUCCCCGAAGGUAGCCCUUGUGGGCAAGAUCAGGACAGGGCCCUGGCCUCUGUCUUGCCUCUGAACACUGAUGCCUACCUGUCUCUUCAAGAACUACAGGCCCAAGAUCCAGCUUACCUGGUAUAGCCAGCUGACCAGGAUUUGGGAUCCAGUGCCUAGGUUAUGUCAGGCUUGGGGGGGACCAGUUGAGAACUGUCCCUGGUCAUCCACAUCCCAACACUUAAUCAUCCACACCUGAGCUCCACUUGCUGCUCUAUGGUCCAUCCAGGAUCUGAGGUAGGGAGGGCUGGUCAGCUCCGCCUCCCUGUGUAGUCAUGAGAUCACUAGCUUCCUGAACCUGCCUUACUCCUUCCUGCUUACAGGGCAGCCAGGACCUGCUUUCCCCAAAACAAAUGUGCCCAUGUUCUUCUCCUAUCCUUGAGUUUGCUGUAGCUCCCUACUGCCCUUUCCACCAUUUCCCGUCCCAGCUCUGGCCCUUUCAACGCGGCUGUGGGACAGCUGUCCUCAGGGUGUGAUGUGGUUGUCACUGUCUUAGUCAGAGCAGCUGUGUCCACCCAAGCUAAGAGCUCCUGAUAAGACCGGACACAGCCUGUUGACUGUUGACAUUCCCUCAUAGAAGGAGGGGGUGGGAAGGGCCAUCAGACUGUGGAUCAGAAGGAGAUCACAGCCACUCUCCUGCACCCCAUCCCCAGCUAUGGGUAAUUCUGUCCCUGGUGCCUGUGUUUUUUGGAAGAUGCUGGCAUUUGCAAGGCGGAAGG